AUGUUGUCACUAAAGCUGCUACUCUACAUAUUGAUCUACUUGAUUAGCUUAUCCCAUCAAUUUCAAAUUCCGCCCAGGGACUAUGAAAACAAAAACUACUUUUUAGUAGAGUUGAACACAGCCAAGUCACAAAAGCCUUUGCUAGACUUUAUACUGAAGCACAAUGACCACUACAGCUUUGAGCAUCAAUUACAGUCCAUGGACAACUUUUAUGUCUUCAGUAUAGACAAGCUGCAUCCACAUAACACAUUCCUUGGCAACCACAACUCCAACAACUACAAUAAACUCAAAAGAUCCCUUGGAUUCGAACAUGUCCAUGAUGACUUGGUGAAUGACGUAUCGUCGUUGCAUUUAUUACCACCAAAGAAGUUGACCAAAAGGCUACCUGUGCCUAUGGAGGCUAGGGACGAUACACCACCAAAGGGGCAAUCUCCAACUGACAAGGCGCAUCAAAAGUAUGCCCAAAUAGCUUCGAAAUUGGGUAUCAAAGAUCCCGAAUUUGGCUCACAAUGGCAUUUGUUUAAUUUGCAGUAUCCGGGCCAUGAUGUCAAUGCCACCGGUCUUUGGUUAGAAGAUGUGCUAGGUCAGGGAAUAGUCACUGCGAUUGUUGACGAUGGUUUGGACGCAGAAAGUGAGGAUUUGAAAGCAAAUUUCAAUGCUAAGGGAUCGUGGGAUUUCAAUGACAAUGGACCACUUCCGUUGCCACGGUUGUAUGACGAUUAUCACGGAACAAGGUGUGCUGGUGAGAUUGCCGCCGUAAAGAAUGAUGUCUGUGGUGUUGGGGUUGCAUACAAAUCUCAAGUUAGUGGGAUAAGGAUUUUGUCGGGUCCCAUUACUGCCGCUGAUGAGGCUUCAGCGUUGGUGUAUGGUUUGGACACGAAUGAUAUUUAUUCAUGUUCUUGGGGGCCAACUGAUAAUGGUAGGACCUUGAGUGAGCCCGAGGUUGUUGUGAAGAAGGCAAUGUUGAGGGGGAUUCAAGAGGGAAGGGGUGGUAAAGGUGCCAUUUAUGUUUUUGCAUCGGGGAAUGGUGGAAGAUUUUCUGAUUCUUGUAACUUUGACGGAUACACCAACUCCAUCUACUCCAUUACUGUUGGAGCUAUAGAUUAUAAAGGAUUGCAUCCUUCAUAUUCCGAAUCGUGCUCUGCAGUCAUGGUGGUUACGUAUUCAUCUGGAUCAGGAGAACAUAUACACACGACUGACAUCAAAAAGAAAUGUAGUGCACUGCAUGGAGGAACUUCUGCUGCUGCACCUUUAGCGAGUGGGAUCUUCUCAUUGGUACUUGGAGCAAAUCCGAAUUUAACUUGGAGAGAUUUGCAAUAUAUUAAUGUGUUGAGUGCUGUACCAGUGAAUGAAGAGGAUGGAAAUUAUCAAACUACCGCAUUGAACAGGAAGUACUCCCAUAUGUAUGGGUAUGGAAAGAUAGACGCUUAUAAGAUGGUGGAGUUUGCAAAGACUUGGAAAAAUGUCAAGCCUCAGUCGUGGCAUUAUUGUGAUAAGCUUGAAGUUAAUCAAGAGCUUUCAUUAAACCAGCCACAACAACAACAACAAAAAAGAAAUGACAAAGUCAUCACUUCUAAGGUCACUGUCACAAAAGAGGACUUAAAAGUGAUGAACUUUGAAAAGAUUGAACAUGUCACAGUUAAAGUCAAUAUUGAUUCUUCAUUCAGGGGCAGAACAGGGGUGAGAUUAGUGUCACCCAGUGGAGUAGUUAGUGAUUUGGCAAGAUUCAGGCCUCUUGAUUCAAGCUCAAGAGGAUUUCAAGAUUGGACAUUCACCAGUAUUGCACAUUGGGGUGAAGACGGCCUAGGUGAGUGGACACUCGAAGUGUUUGGUGAUUCCCAACCCGUCAAUAUGAAAUUGGUUAAUUGGCAACUUCGCUUUUUUGGUACCACCAUUGAUGCGUCAAAGGUGGAGACGUUUGAUAUUGAAAAGGAUUACAGUCAAGUGAGAAGAGAUAGACUUGAGUCUGAAAGAAAACACGCAACGGAGAGUAAGUCUUCGUCUACUGUAGCACUGUCAUCUUCGACUCCCCAAGAAUCUUCUUCAUCGGUUCAAGAGCAGGUGCCGUCAUCCAGUACUCCUGGUGGAGCCACAACCACGUUUGAAGCUGAUCAAUCCUCGACAAGUGUGGCUGAUUCUGCUCCUACUAGCAAAACAGAGCCAACUUCUUCAACCACUGGAUCCGAAACUCCACAGACAGAAGAAGGGGAACAUGUUUACGGAAAAGACCGUACGGGACAAUACUUGAUGGGGUUAGCAGGUAUAGGAUUCAUUGUUGUUGUUGUCAUUAUAAUCAUCCAAAGUAGAAACCACAGUACUCGACGUCGCAGAAGAACAGGGGAGAAUUACGAAUUGAUUGAAUAUGAUUCAGAUGAUGACUCUGACAAUGAUCUUGAGGGGUAUGAUGACGACGAUGAAACAGGAUUGACUCGUGAAGAUAGAAGGCUGGAUCAAGCUAGAGAUCGGUUAUUUGAAGAUUUCAAUGCUGAGUCGUUGCCGGAUUAUAAUUCUGAUAUGUUCAAGAUUGGUGGAGAAGAUGAGGUGGGUGAAGGUGAAGGUGAAGGUGAAGGUGAAGGUGAAGGUGAAGGGGAUGCUGGGAAGAAGCUGACUAAUGGUGAUACUAAAGAUCAAAAGAGUAAUAGUGACGGUAAAUAA